UUGACGUUAUUUCAAAUUAUUUUGAAAAGUUGAGGGCAGGUGUUACGGAAUAUGGAUACUUUUAAUCAAUUUUAUGUGUAAAAUGAACUUAUUUUUUAAAUUAUGUGACCGUGUGCACGUGCAAGUGAUUUAUAAAUGUUUCACAAUACGAAUUGAUAUAAAAAUCUAUAAAUAAAAGUGAUAAAGUCGACAGGAAAUUCCGCAGGAAACUAAGCCAUAUAAGUCGCGAAUCCGAUGUUUCUAUUCAUUUAUGAUUUGCAAUCGACAUGGGUUCGACAUAUUAUAAAGAGCUCUUUAAGCUUUAUGACUUAAUACAAUGUGCUGAACUAAGAUAUAUAGAACGGUACCUGGAGGAAAAUAAGCUAGAAUUAAAUUCAAUAUUACCAUGCAAGGGUAUAGGGGUCCUGCAUUUGGCGGUAGGAAUAGACCCGUUAGAGAAAUCUAAGGAUUGUACAAAGCUGAUAUUGAACCAUGGCGGAGACCCUAACUUAUGCAAUGACGAUGGUGUGACCCCUGUGCAUAUUGCUGCAAUAUGGGGUCGGCUGGACAACCUGAAAAUGCUAAUCGGCUGCGGAGGAGAUCCAUUCAAGCAUGACUUCGAUGGCUACUCCUGUUUUGACUAUGCUGCAAGGGAACAGCAAUGGGAGGUGUACGACUAUCUUCAUAAUGUUAUUGACGAAAAAGAGGAUUCAACGGGACCGGAACGCGCAUAUACAUUGGACUUAGAACGAGUUCUGGUGAGUACGGAGCAAAUGGUGGCGGAAUAUGAACCGGUCCCCGUUGAGGAAGAGGCCAGGAAAUCCGACAUGAUCAGAGAAUGGUGCGAAAACAACAGCCUCGUCAUCAACAAGCUGUAUCCCACGAUACUGAGCGAGACCUUCGACGUAGAAACGGGAUUCGACGAGAGGAAAGAUUGGAGAUUCGACGAGACCAAAAAUAGUUGUAGAUCCGACGAGAGAAGUUGUAGAUUUGACGAGAGCAAGGACUGUAGAUUCGGCGAGACCAAAAAUAGUUGUAGAUCCGAUGGGAGAAGUUGUAGAUUUGACGAGAGCAAAGAUAGUAGAUUCGACGAGAGCAAAAAUAGUUGUAGAUCUGAUGGUAGGAAAAAUAGUUGUAGAUUCGACGAGAGCAAAAAUAGUUGUAGAUUCGACGAAAGAAGCAAAGAAAGGGUCGUAAAUAAACUCUAUCCCACGCUGCUUAAUGAGGCAAUUGACUUGGAAACAUCCAGAUUCGACGAGAGAAAAGAAAGUUUUAGACAUGACGACAGAAGCAAAAGCAGUAGAGAAAGAUCCAAAAGCAACGAAACUUCUACAAUAGAAGACAGAAUAGAAUGUUCCAGAUUAGACGAUACUUUCAAAACAUGCACGUCCAGAAGAGAAGUAGAAAUUACCGGGAUACAACCGUUAGAAAUAACUUCAGACCAGUCUCAAAGAAGGUUUACGGUAUACGAAAACUUUUCAUUACCAGGCUCUCCGACCUGCAUAACACAUAAGAACUACAACACAAAGACCAGUUUAAAGAAAUCUAAGAGCAGAAACGACGAUUUAAUAUCAGAAUUGAAGUAUAAACUUAGUUUAAGAGAAUCAAUAAUGACGGAUGACACCCAGGACUUAGAUAAGGCGUUAAUCGUCGCUCAGAAUAAAACUAACGAAUGGUUAUCUUUAAGUGGCGAGGAUAACAGAGCUUGUAAUACCAGGAGAUCAUCGGCUAGCAGCGGUGUCAGUAGCAACUUCUCUGGGAGUAUUGUGCUAGCGAAUAUUGAAGAGGAAUACAAGUAUAAAGAUAAAGAAGAAGACGUGGUGCUUAUUGAGAAGAGAAUAAGAGUCACUCCUGUUGUUCUGCCUGUAGACGACAGAGAUAGUCCAGAUCAAACUAUCGCGUCCAUAGCGAGUUCCCUCCCGGCGUCCAUGGAUUACGACAACAACGCCCUAAGGGCCGAACUGGUGGCCCUAGGGUUCAACCCGGGCCCUAUACUGGACAGCACGAGGUCCCUUUACCUGAAGAAGUUGCAUGCGCUGAAGAAAAACCCGAUUGUCGUCAAGGAGCAGGGGAAAACAUACAGCGUUGAGCUGCAAAAGUCACUUCGGUCCAGCGACUGGAUGCACGAUUUAGCUCAUUUCAUGGAGCUAGAAACCAAAGCGAAGGCGGACUUCGCUUGUCCCAACAAGAAGUGGAGGGAGGGCAGCGCGAAGACUUCAUUUACGUACCUACUUUUGGACCCCCGGAUGACUGAUAACUUACCAGCUAAGUCUAGCAAGCAGAGUCCUCUGGAGUCUUGGACUACGUUCGUCAACUCUAUAUUUUAUGUUGGGAAAGGCAAACGCUCUCGGCCGUACUCUCAUCUGUACCAGGCGCUUACUCUCUGGAAGCAAAACUUCACCAAAUCCAACGACAAGAAAGUCCAACACAUCCUCGAUAUUUGGUCGAACAAAGUCGGAGUGUUAGUGCUACAUGUCUUCCAAAAUGUAAUUCCGGCAGAAGCCUACACCCACGAAGCGGCCAUGAUUGAUGUGCUAGGGUUGCAGAACUUGAAGAAUCUUAAAACAGGAAACUACUAUGGAGUCGUGGCCUCCUGGCCUUUAAAGGAAAGAAAAAUGUUUGGCCUCUACCUUCUGUAUAGAGCCAUGAAUAUAUUCUUCAGCGAAGGCGAAAGACAGUUAAGACCGGAAGAUAUUGACUGAACAGUAUUAUAAGGUUAGUUAUCCAUGACAAAUUUGUGAUAUGACAAAAUUUUGACCAAAAGUAGGGAAUACACUUGGCAAUAUACAGAGCUACAUGGCAAAGUAGAUUUUAAACUGGCAAUGUUGCCAAACAAAAGUUGCAGGUCUCUUUACAAAUUCUUAGCUGCAUUUUGCUCUCCAAAUAUUGCCUAGUGUACGCGCCUAGGCCAAGCGCCAAUUUGACAUUUAAUAGCCAAUCCGAUUGGAAAGAGAAAGCAUGAUAGCCUAUCGGCUAGUAAUCGUAUUUUUUUAGCUUUUGGGAUGAAUUUUUUAUAGUAUGCAGUAAUGAAAUGAAUUUAAAAUGUGUACAAAAUGUAUUAGAAUGUGUAUUAAACUCUAGUUCAAUGCGAACUAAGUAUUAAAUAUUAAUGAUGUCAUGUUUAAUGAAAUGGUUUAUUACCAACGAAAUAAAAUAUAUCAUCAAUUUUUACACAUAGGGAGUGAGUACUCGCGGCUGACGGCACACGUUUUAUAACAAUUUUGUCUCAAAUAGACAAAAUAUCUUUUUUGAAUCUUUUUACAAUCAAAACUCAACUAAGUUUUGAGAAGACACUUGUGUAGCUCCAAAUUUAGACAUUAGUCUGUAAGACAUUUUGUUUCAAGCCCAAUUUAAUGUAUUUUCUAUUGCAAAAGCCUUUGAGAGCACUCUACAUUUAAAACUAUAUUUUACCAGAAAGUAUACCUAAUUAUAAGACUAAGUAAUACUUGAACAAUUUAUUACCAUGGAUUUAAAGUUCACAUUAUAUUUUAUUAAUUUACAAGCUUUU